CUCCCUUCCUUCUCACUCCUACUCUGAACAAACUUACAAACGUCUCCUCUUCCCCACUUCCUCUCUCUCUUUCGUCUCUCGUCUCUCUGCAAAUGUAUUCCAAGAAACCUCACAAACCCAAUACUUUUUUCUUCUUUCAACUUCUCCACCAUUAAACCAAACCAAGUUAAACAAGACAAGGAGAGAAUAAAGAUAAAGAAACACAGAAUGGGCAAGGCUUCAAAGUGGUUCCGCAGCAUCCUCGGCCUGAAAAAAGCCGACUCCCUCCAGCAGCUUUCUUCUUCUUCUUCCCAGCCACCGCAACAACAACAACAACGACCUCAUAAAGACAAACGCCGUUGGAGUUUCGUCAAGUCCUUCCGCGAAAAAGACUCCAUUAUCUCCACUACCAAACACACGGCCGCCGCAAACAGCAGCAGUAGCAGUGUUGCGAAGUCGUCGCCUUACGGACUUCAGCAGCAACAGAAAGAACAUGUUUCCGUCGGCGCGAACGGCGAGUGUCAAGUAGUGGAUCCUAACAAGCACGCGAUCGCUGUCGCUGCCGCUACCGCCGCUGUUGCUGAAGCGGCUGUCGCGGCUGCUCAAGCUGCCGCGGCGGUGGUUAGGCUCACUAGUAGUAGCGGAAGGUGCGCGCGUGACCCGGCAUCUCACGUUAGCAGCAGCUGCGGCGCACACGAGGAGUUCGCUGCGGUUAAGAUACAAUCUGCAUUUCGCGGAUAUCUGGCGAGGAGGGCGCUGCGUGCACUAAAAGGUUUAGUGAGGCUUCAGGCAUUGGUUAGAGGUCAUAUAGAGAGGAAGAGAACUGCAGAAUGGGUAAGAAGGAUGCAAGCAUUGUUGCGAGCACAAGCACGUGCUCGUGCUGGGCGGGCCCAAAUUUCCGAGUCUUCACAAUCAAGCAGCAAAUCUUCCCACUUCCACCAUCCUGGUCCACCAACCCCUGAAAAAUUUGAACAUGCUAUUCGAUCUAAGAGUACAAAACAUGAACAAUCAUCAAUGCUGAAGAGAAAUGGGUCAAAGUCGAGUGGAAGGACUCUUGAUAAUCAUGAGAAAAUACCUCUAGGGAGGAAUCGAUCAGACCGUCGGAUUGAUGAACAAUCAUGGGACCAACGAGUGCAUUCAACAAGAGUUGGUCCUAUGGAUGAUGAAAAGAAUGACAAGAUCCUUGAGGUUGAUACUGGGAAACCCCAGUUCAGCUCUAAAAGGAGAAACCUGUUUCAUUCUACACACCUUGCUCUCAACUCCGAUCUCUAUAGUUGUAGUUUCACAAAUUCCAGAGACUCGCACCAAACAGCUCCUAGUCCUUCAUCGGGUGAAGUUCAGUCUACAAGUCCAUUGAAGUGCUCCCACAAGGUCGAGGAAAGCGCUUUCUGCACUGCUGAUAACAGUCCACAAUUCUAUUCAGCAUCAUCUAAAGGGGGUAGUUCUAGGGGGAGAAGCCCGUUUACUCCUGCUAAGAGUGAUGGCUCCAGAAGCUUUCUAAGCGGCUACUCAGACCACCCAAAUUACAUGGCUUACACUGAAUCUUCAAUGGCUAAGGUGAGGUCUCUCAGUGCUCCGAAGCAGAGGCCCCAAUAUGAGAGAUCUAGUUCAACAAAAAGGUAUUCCAUUCACGGUUUUGCUGAACUGAAGUCAAACACUCAGAGGUCUUCGUUGCAUGCAAGCUUCGCCAGCAAAGCUUACCCAGGAUCAGGUCGUCUGGACAGGCUAGGAAUGCCUGUUGGGUAUAGAUACUAAAAACAGUGGUUUCAAGUAAUGUCCCAAGUAUUUUUGGUGUUAGUAUUUAUCUAAUCCUGCUAACUCGUGUCCUUUAAUUGUUUUUACCCCUGGCUCUAGGAACAUUUAGCUCUUUAUGUUUAGGUUUAGUCAUGAUGAAGAAUCUGACCUUAGCUUUAUAACUCUUGUAGCCAUCUUUAUGUUUUAGGUGCAUGUGACUUCCAAAGAAUAUGUGCUCAAACAGUGUUUCACGGGUGGUUAAACAUAAUCAUAAUUGUCUUUUUAUCCUUUU